AUGACUUCGGCUGAAGAGAAUCGCAAACCAUUCGCAGAUCUCGGCCCGGAAUUGCCCCCGGAAGAGGACUUUUUACGAAGUAAAGCAUUACUACAGAGCAUGCACGGUGGUGGCCCGGGUAUGCACGAUACGGGCCGCGAAAGUGAUCCAACCACAGGUACACUGUACGAGCACAUGGUCAGCCUGCUCAAACUGAUUUUGGAAACGCAACCAACACAUGCGUUGGAUCAGUUCGAGGAGUUGAGUCGUCAAGUAAAAAAAGAAAGAGGGGGUGGAGCAGGAGGCUCAGGUGCCGGCGCUGGUCUCGUUGAGGCGGACAUUGAGGCUAUGGCCCCGACUGCGAAACCGGAAACGCUGGAUUAUAUGCAUGCCAAAGUGGAACGAACGUUGUUGCACGUGAGUUUUAUCAAUAGAUAA